AUUGCUUUCUUGGGAGGAAGAAUAUCAGGAGAGAAAAGAACAAAAAGUUCAGAAAUGGCGACCACAGAUCUCUCGGUCCACAAGUCCUCCCUGGAGGAUGGCCUCAAGCCUACAAGUAUUGACAUCGUCCAAGAACUACAAGGUAGCCCCACAGACGGCGGCAGCGAGCAAGAGCAGCGUCCACCCGACCAAUUCGACGACCGAUAUUGCACCACAAAAUGGGAGAUUUGGGCGUAUUAUGCCUACUAUAUCGGCAACAAUGGCUUAUCCUUGUUCAACUUCGCCCCGACUGCAUUCCAGAACCUGUUGUCGCAAGCAGCCGGCGAUCGGGGAACAUUGAACUUCGCGGGCCGACAGCGUUCGGUUAAUAGUAUCGUUCUCCUCUGCAACGGCAUCUCAUUCGCCAUCCAGGUCGUCGUAUUCUUGGUCAUUGGCAGUUUCGCCGACUUUGGGAACUGGAGACCAAAUAUUCUCAUUGUGCUGUCAGUCGUUGCGUAUGCGAUUGGGUUCGCGUGGCUGGCGGUCCAUGAAGCUGAUAAAUGGCACGUUGGCGUGGGAUUAUACAUUGUUGGGUUGAUCGCAUAUCAGACGACACUGACGUUCUGGACAGCUGCAUUCCCCGGUCUGGCGCGGAACACCGUGGAGAUGAGAAAUACGGCGGAUGAGUACGCCGCGGGGCGGAUCUCGCGAGAAGAGUAUGAUCGUGCGGACUCGAUGAAGCGCACCCAGCUAUCCAAUGUAUCCUUCUAUGUGCAGUCGGUCAGCGAGCUGUUCAUCUUAGGCGUCAUUGUGGGCAUCAUGUUCGCCUUGAACGUCAAUGCGAGUGAGGCGAACAAUAACUGGGGGUUGAGUGUUCUGAUUGCAUUUGCCAGCGGCGUUUGGCUCCUGGUGUCGAUACCCUGGUUCGUGCUGGAGAAGAGACGGCCGGGCCAGGACCCGCAGGGCAACAAUAUCAUUGUUGCUGGCUUGAACCAGCUGUUUCGUGCGGUGAAGGAGGUCUGGACGUUGAAGCAGAGCCUGAUUUAUCUCAUUGGUUACUUCCUCCUCGGCGACUCCUUGAACACCACCGUGACUGUGAUCUCCACUCUACAAAACAAUAUUGUGUCGUACAAUUCUCUAGAGUUGACAUAUGUCCUGCUGGCCGGUAUCGCAGCCCAGGCCGUCGGCAUCUAUUCAUUCUGGUACGUUCAGCGACGCUUCAACCUUACCACUAAGACCAUGUUCAACACCGUUGCUGUCGCCAUAAUCCUUCUCGACGGGUGGGGCAUGAUUGGUAUAUGGACCCAGAAGUUCGGGUUCCACCACCUCUGGGAGAUCUGGGUAUAUCAAGUGUACUACGGUCUUCUCGUCUGCCCCUGGUACAGCUACUCGAUGAUCAUGAUCUCUGAAGUGACACCCCGGGGCCACGAGUUCCUGUUCUUCAGUCUUUUCAGCAUCAUCGGCAAAACGUCGUCAUUCAUCGGGCCGUUGGUGUCGAGCGCCAUUAUUGAUGCGUCGCCCACCGGGAAUAACUCGACGCCGUUCUACUUUCUGUUCGCGCUGAGUCUCGUUAGCUUCGCGGGUUUGGCCUUCUUUCUGGAUCUGAGAAAGAGUCAGAGGGAGCAGGAAGACUUUCUGCGGAAGAAGCUGGAGGGACUGGUACAAUAGGCGAUGUAUUGUAGUUUGUAUAAAUGUUCUACAUCCUUUUGAUGAACAGGAAUGAACGGGCAGAAGCCAUGCGAGCCAUGAUAA